CACAUCUCACCACCUCAUCAUACCAAUCAUCCAUUUCUCUUUCUCUUUUCUUCGUUGUUUUCUUGCGGCUGCAUGUUUGCUAGAGUUCAUAUAAUUUUUGAGGUUAAUUUUACUUGCCUGUCCCACAGCUGAGAUUUAAUGGGAAUAAUUCAUGCAUAACACCACUCUGUCCCGAGCAAGGUAGUCAAACGAUGGCCGUGGACAAGACGGACCAGGACCCGCACAGAGAAAAUGAUGAAGUGGAAGGGCGCCUUGCCGAGGUGGCCGACGAGGAGGCUCAGCUGCUGGACGGCGAGGAUUUCGAGCAGUUCGAGCUGGACGACACGUCUCGCCCGGCGCCGAGCCAGGAGCAUGCCGCUAGUCGCCAGCCGAGGUUGAGAGGAUCAUGGGUACGACGCCGGACGCCGAGGUGGCUCGCCUUCUUACACGGGCCCGAUCCGCCCAAGGUGCACUCCAUCAAGCCCCUGUUUCCGUCACUGCAAGAACUCCCCGCCAGGUGGCUCGAGAAGGCAUUCCCGCGCCGCUGGCAACGGGGCGUCUUGCUGGUCCUGUUCCUCGCCGCGUGGGCUGCUUCUCUUGCCGUCCCGUUGAUCCUGAGCAAGGGGACGGCCACAGACGCAUCGGGGACUGCUAUCCGGCACGUCGACUGUGUCGACACCCUUUGGCGCCGCAACAACGAGUGCGGCCUCGACGGCGUCGACUGCCGGCCCUUCUCCAACACCUCGUUCGCCUUCCGCUGCCCGGCCGACUGUGCCAGCGUCCGCGUGCUCAACCCGCACCACGUCGGCCGCGAGGACGUCAACUUCCGCCCCCUGGUCAUCGGCGGCGCUGACGGCAGCCCAUACCGCGGUGACUCGUUCCUCUGCGGCGCCGCCAUCCACGCGGGCGUCAUCGACGACGCCACCGGGGGCUGCGCCGUGGCCACGCUCGUCGGCGAGUACUACCAGUACUUUGCCUCGUCCAGCCACGGCAUCGACUCGAUUCCCUUCGACUCGUACUUCCCGCUCUCCUUCACCGUCACCGCCGACCCCACCGUCCACUGCACGGCCCCAGACCCGCGCUGGACCGCCUCCCUCCCGCUCUCCCUCCUCUUCACCACCCUCCUCUCCCUCACCACCACCUCCGCCCCGCUCUUCUUCUUCACCACCUUCACCGCCGUCUUCACCCACGUCGCCCUCAUCUCCGACCCGCCGAACCUCUCCACCCCAACCACCACCGCCCUCCUCCCCGCCCUCAUCUCCCGCCUCACCGCGCGCCUCCUCCCCGCCCUCGCCUGCGCAACCCUCAUCUACCUCACCACCGCCCGCCGCACGCUGCACCCGCUCCCCGCCACCGCCUCGCUGACAAAAACCCUCCUGUUCAGGGGGUGGUUUGCCGAGCGGCCGUUGGAGGAGCAGGUGUUUGGGUGGGUGAGGCGGGCGGGCAGGGUGGUGGCGGAUGAGUAUUUUCGGUUUGGGUUCCUGACGGAGGGUGGGAGGGCGCUGGAUUACACCGAGGCGGGGACCUGGUUCGUGAAUGGCAGCUGGAGUCAGGGGGCUGGGUACUGGUGAUGGAGGUUGGGCUUCUGGACGGCAAAGAACCUUCUGUAUACAUGGGCAUGUAUGUCCACACAAGCGAAAGAGUGUGGGAAACCCACGGGUACCUGACCAAAGUGUGGCUGCGCUCGCCGCUCCAGCCAGCCGACCCCUUUCCAUCCCGACUUUCGCGUGCCUUCCCGCGCCAUCGCUGCCUGCCACCGCUUUAUGUACGAAUCCCGCCAGCCAAACUCCCACGGUUCCUCCCGAUCAAUGGACUACCGGUAGACAAGCGGCUUCGGGAGGGUGUCCAGUGAACGCAGCAACCGAAGACAUCCGGGCUCGACUCCCGGGAUGUGUCGAAGCAAAACCCCGACCGGCUUUUCAUAGCCGGCUAUCUCCUAUCUUCCCGCUCGGGAUGGGGGCUAGCCGGUGAGCUUUUGUUUUCCUCUCCUUGAGAACUUUUUCUCCUCCCGUUACUGCUCCCAGCGCAGGUCAUUUUCACCACGCCUAGAUGCAUUCCUCUGCGGUUCUUUGCUACAGAC